AUGUUGUACCCUGUUGUGUUUCUCAUCGGCCUAUUGUCGGGCCUGGCGGCGGUAUCCGCCGACUUCUCCACGCGCACUCCAAUGUCGGUAAUGCUUCCUGCAUUCUCCAGAGAGUGCGUAUACUUUGACCUGAAAGAGGGCCAAGACCAUAUCCUGAUGUCGUACCAGGUUUUGACGGGCGGGAACUUCGAGAUCGACUUCGAGAUCACUGCGCCCGAGGGCAACGUGAUCGGCUCAGACACACGCAGCAAGUACGGAGACUUCCACGUCUACUCGUGGGGCGUGGGUCAGUACUCCUUCUGCUUCACCAACUCGUACGGCACUGCGCUGAAGAAGGUGGAGUUCACCCUCGGACUCCAGGAACAAGAACGCAAGGUCGAGAAGGAGGACCCGGAGGAUCUCCUCGCCCUCGACUCCAUCGACGAGAUCAACCGGAACUUUGACCACAUCACAAAGAUCAUGGCCUACCUGCGUGCGCGGGAGUGGAGAAACAUGUCUACCGUUAAGUCUACCGAGUCUCGUCUAGUAUGGCUGUCUGUUCUCACCGCGCUUGUCAUGAUUGGCGUCAGCGCCGGCCAGUCCAUAAUGGUCCAGUUCUUCUUCAAAGACAGACACAGGAACUACGUAUGA